AUGGUUUAUGCUGAUAAAUAAUUUGUGUGGUCUCUUUGGAAACAUCUCCAAGUGUCAAAACCAGAUCUUACUCGAGCUGUCAGCUUGGUUGUGGAAAGAGAAAAACAGAAAGCUGAAGUCAAGGACAGAAGAAUUUUAGAGAUUUUACAAGCCAAAGACAGCAAAAUAGAAUCUCUAGAACAGAGACUCACAGGACAGCAGCAGGAGAUAAACAGCUUAAUGCAGAGAAAAAGUGCUGUGGAUGAGGAAAAUACCCGUUUGAAGAAUGAAUUCGGUAACUUGAACCGGAAAUUUAAAGAUAAAAGCCAAGAACUUAAGGACACUGAGGAGUGUGCACGAAAGAAGGAAGAGCAAAACAGACUGGUUAUAAAAAACCUGGAGGAGGAAAAUAAGGAAUUAAAUAUAUGCUGUGCUGACCUGCUAAGUGACCUGGAGAAACUGAGGAAACAGGAGGCACAAUGGAAAAGGGAAAUGGAAACAUCUGGCAAUGAUGCCAGAAUAAAGAAUUUGGAAACUGAUUUAGCAGAGACAAGACAACAAAUAAAAAGUUUGCACAGUAUAUGCUGUAACUUGUCAUCUCAGGUAGCUGUGAAAGAGGAAGAACUUUUCCAAAAGGAUUGUGAUGAGGUCAAAGCUAAGAAGGAGUUAGAGGAGCUACCAAAUCUUUACAGACAAAACACUGAAGAUACAACACAGCAGGCUGAGCUGAUAAAGCAGCUACAGACUCUCAAUACUGAUACAGAAAAAGUGCUGCAAGACUGAGAGUAUGCUCACACAGCUAAAACAACAUCAUAUCAAAAAGUUACAUCUGGGUUCUUAGAAUUUCUGAAAAUGAAGAAAUUUGACAGGAUACAAAGAACAAAUAAGCAUGGAAUCACUUCUGAUCGGAAUUGCACUGCUUUGAUGACUUACUGCUCUGAAAAGAUUUUGAAGGUGUUGAAAGAAGGAAUAGGUGGAGAGGUGUUAAAAAGAAGAGCCUGGUACAAAUCAGAAACUUGGCGCUACUGUGAUAAAUCGGGAGAAUGUGACUAUUUGCAGCUUCAUCCCGUGGUGUCUUUCAUGGUGCAGACAGUCUCAUUAACGAGUCACAGAGAAACCUUUAGUGGUAGCACUGUGGUAAUUCUGCUUGUUAUUUCUCUGGUAUUCCGUGCAGAUUUUUUUUUUUAUAAUUCAUUAUUAGUAUUCAAAAUUACUUCUUCUUUAAUUCUGCAUGUCUUUCAUAAUCCGGUGUUCCAACUAGUUCAACCAUGUCCUUGUUUUAUUCUCCAGGAACCACCUGUGAAACGUUCAAGGUCUCUGUCCCCAAAGAGCUCUUUUAGAGAGUCAGAGGAGCUAAAGAAGCUUAAAAUAGCUGAAAGGAAGAUUGAAAACUUAGAGAAGACACUACAGCUAAAGUCUCAAGAAUCUUAUGAGCUAAGAGCAGCCUAUGGAAAACACGAAGAGAGGCUGCAGAUGUUACAGACCAACUACAGAGCACUAAAAGAGCAAUUAAAGCAAUGGGAAGAGGGCGAUAGCAGACUGAAUCUUGAAGAAGAAUUGGAUAAGAUGAAAACACACCAAUCUCCAGUUUUUAAACUUAGUGAAGAUGAUGAGGUCAAGAGUAAUACUGCAAAGAGGUAUAUGGGAGAAGUUUCACGUGAAAUGUCACAGAAGGUACAACAAUUAGAAAGAAGAUUCAAAGCUACGGAAGGGGAAUUAAAGAAACAGAAAGAAGUAAAUAAAGACUUACUGAAUGAGAAAAUUUAUUUGAAAGAAUCUUUAAAGGUGCAAAAGGAAGAUGGAGACACAAGAAAAAGAGAGCUGGAAAUACUACUUAAGAGGAUUUGUGAAAUAAAAAAAAAAGCAGAACUUCAGUUAGUGAUUGAUGAGAAGGAAAAAGAAGCUGCCUCUUUGAAGAGGCAAGUGACAGAAGCUAACAGGUUGAGAAAUGAAAGUGAAGAUUUGCUGAGUCAAGUGCAGGAGCAGAAGUGUUUGCCGGAUAAAGCCAAAGCAGUGGCAAUCUCUGGGCAAUGUAAUUGCAAGAUAACAGGCACCAAGGUUAAAUUAAAAACAGCCAAGAAAAAGAGCUCUUUGGGACAUCAUGGAGCUUUACUCAAACAGUCCAUCAAGGUUAUGAGUAAUGUAUUUGAGAACUUCAGUAAGGACGGCUGGGAGGAUGUGAGUGAAAGCAGGUACGGCUCUGUGUUGACCUCCAACCUGGGCAAGUGGCAACAGGAAAAGGAGGAUUUACAAGGAAAAUCAAAGUUGAGAGGACACCUGUCUCAAACUGCUGGCAAGAGUGAAGCCACACCAGCUCCUUCAAAGAACAUUGAUUUAGAGAUAAAACAGCUGCAGAGCAAACUAAAGAAUUUGAAUACUGAAACCGCUAAGCAAUCGACCACCAUUAAGUCACUUAAAAAUCAAGUCCAGGAAAAAGAAGAACGGAUUCGGGAACUACAAGCGAAAAUUUCUCAGUUGGCAAGGGACCUUACUAUGAAAAGACAUUUGACAGAAGAAAGGUCUCGCCUAAAAGCAAAUCAAGAAAAUGAGAAAACCUCACAUGAAACAUUGGAAAGUCUUGAGAGAAAGGUGAAGGCACUGGCUGAAGACAAAAAAGCUUCCAUUGACUCACUGAAACAAAGAUUUAAUGUAGCUAUGAAAGAGAAGUCUCAGUAUGAGCAGAUGUAUCACAAGGCUAAAGAUGAUUUGGAGAAAAAGGAUCUCAAGCUUACCAAACUAGAGAGUGAAAUGAUUGAGACUGAAUGUGCUAUGACUGACCUUGAAACUGCUGCAUGUCAACAGCUACAUGGAUUGGCUAAGCAGAGUGCGCAGGCUUUGGAAACUCUACAGAAGAAGCUGCUGCUUGCCAGUGACAAAGUAGAAGAGUUGAAGACAUUUGUGAAGACUCUAACCAGAGAGUUACACCGCAGUGUACAAGAGCUGAGAACAAAAAUUAAACUGGCAAAAAAAAUGGGAGGAAUGAAAGCAUGCAAAAAGGGUCUUUCCCAAGAAUGUCUUCAGUUGGCAGCACCUAUCCUUAACGUUUCAACUACUGAUCUUUACGAAAUACUACAAGAAGAAGAUGAUGAGGAAACAGCAAGGACAAAAAUGGAAUUUGAAAAAGAUAAAGAAUGGCUACAGCAUAUACAGAAACUUCUUGAAGUACAGUUUCCUUUUGCCUCAUACUUAAUGGAUGCCAUACUGGAAAAAUUAAAUGAGAAGAAGAAAUUGGUAGAAGAAUACAGUUCUCUCAUGAAGCACACUCUAUGAUAUUGCUAGGAUUUAUCCAAUGUGUGACUAAAAUGUGUGCUGUUUCCUCAUGUCUUUUCUCAUAAACUGUCAAUAUGCAUGUUCAAUACAUACACAGAAACCAUGAACUAAUUAAUUGUUGAACAAGAGGAAUUAAUUAAAUUCCUAUUAGAAAGCAGGGUUGGUAUUUGAUUCUUGAAGAGAAAAAUUGCUAAAAAUCAAUGCAAAGUUCAAAAUCAUUUUCCUUUAGAUGCACUGGCAGUGAACACAUGUGCAGGCUUUGUAGAGAGAGGAUGUCUUUGUUAUGACUAAUACACAUCUGUACAAUUUUGAAAGAACAAAAAGCAGCUAAGUAACACCUAGUUGUUCUAAUCACAACAGUAGAAGUAGGAUUUACAGAGGAACUGGGGAUAUCGCUGGGAUUUUGAAUACCUAAUUUCUUUUAGCUUCUUUGUAAAGCCCAGCUUUCUGAUAUGUGCUACAUAAAAAGAUACGCUUUUGUGUUGGAAAAAUUGAAUGACUGUAGAAUAAAAAUAUUCUGUGUGGAGUAAUACUGGAAAAUCUGUAUUUGCUUCUGAGUGUAUUGGAGCAUAAU